AUGCCACCGAUUAUCCACUGCGUGCGCCAUGGGCAGGGCGUUCACAACCUCAGCUACGCAAACCAUGAUCUGCCUGAUCCCGAACUGACCCCUCUUGGAGAGGAACAAGCCCAGGCUCUGACCACCAGGUUUCCCGAACUGGCCAACAACGUUGAACUUAUCAUAUCAUCACCACUACAACGUACUAUCCAGACUGCUCUAUUGGCAUUCCCAUCAAAGCUUAAAGCCGGCAUGCAAGUUCUGGCUUGGUCAGAGGUGCAGGAAGCAAGUGAUCUGAUCUGUGAUACUGGCAGUCAUCUUCCUGAUAUUAAAGCCAGGUUCUAUGGUCUACCUGUAGAUUUCAGCCUUAUCGAGCCAGACUGGUACCUUAAGCAGGGAAAAUGGGCCCCAACUGCAGCUUGCCUCCUAGAGAGGGCUCAGCUGGCCCGACAAUGGUUGAGCGAAAGGCCUGAAGCUGAAAUUGUGGUGAUUUCACAUGAUUGUUUCCUACACUUUCUGACUGAUGACUGGGUCAAUGCCAUGAAUCCUCAAGCAACUGAUUGGGCUAACGCUGAGGUCCGCUCUUUUACCUUGGCUUCCGAUAUGAGUGGAGGUUGCUCUCUUGAUGAGACUGAGGGAUCAAGAAUGAGACGAGGGUGUAAACAACUUGCUUUAACAAAGGAGCAACAGCUAGAGCUACGAGAUACGGUAUUAAAGACAUGGAUCGAAUGGGGAGUAAUAAGGGGGUAA